AUGUCCCACCUUAUCAACAACGCCGGCAACCAGACUGGAAGCGGCCAGAUCGACCAGUUCGCCGGCGCCCUCCCCACGGUCCUCCCACACAGCCACAACGCUAAGGAUCAGUGGCGGAAGGCGACGAACACGAUGCCCCCGAAAGCCCCCAACCACCGUUGGGGUUCGACCUACGAGAGGAACAACCAGUUGGUGACGGGCUGGCAGCCGGCCAAGAACUUCUUCGACGCCUUCAGCAGCAGCGACGAGACCAAGUCACGAAAGGCCGACUUCUGCCGGGGUGAGCUUGCCAGGCUCGGGAAGGACGGGUACCACCAAAAGUUCUGGCUGCAGCUGGACUUCGCGGCCGCGGUGGAUAUCGGGAAGCACCUCGUGAACGGGACGUUUGUGCUCGAGGGAGAUGGCAUGCUGGCCGUGGUGAUCUCCACGUUCGAGGAAAACGUGCUCAAAGACAUGCUCCCCGUGCAGACGUACACCUGGGAGAGGGUCGGGGACCAUCCCAAUGCGGAGCAACGCGAGAGUAUCGCCCUCCUCCAGGCUGCGCGGCUCUUCGACUUCCGCCAUGUGGAGCAGCGUCAGUUGAAUGUUGCUGACAUCGACCUCCUCGAUCGCUUCCCCUUCGUUUCCGAAGAUGUCGUCGCGAGACUAAAAAGCCACGUGUUCCUCGACUACCUUCGAGACCUCCGCGAACAGAUCGAUGCACGCGGCUUGCAGGGCAAAGUUGCCCUUGUGCUGGACGGCCACGCCUCGCACACGACCUUCGACGCCAUCAGCUUUGCCAUCCCUCUGGACAUCGACCUCUUCCAGCUCCCGUCCCACACGUCGCACAUCACCCAGCCCUUGGACGUUGGUACGUUCGGAGCCUUCAAGAGAGAGCUGACGAGGGUGCUCGCGGCCUACCCACUGAAAAUCGGGGGGAGGAGUUCGGUGAAGCGUGACAUGGCUGGCGUGAUUGCGGAGGCAUGGAGAGGGAGCUUCACGCCUGCGAAUAGCAUGGCGGCGUUCAAAGGGGCGGGCUUGUGGCCGGUGAACAUGGAGAAGGCCAUCAACCGACUACACGGCAAGAGGAAGCAACGGGAGAAUGACCGCCCUAUNACAUGGCUGGCGUGA